AUGCCGCUACAUGCUGACGAUAGACUGCUGUGUAUAGUACUGGCAAGCGGUCUACUGGUAGCCGCCAACGCAAUCCCCUACUAUUUAAAAUACAUCCGCACUAUCACCCAAGUCAAGCAUGAGGACAAACCAAGCAAAGGACCUUGUGAGGAUGCCGAGGACGCUCUCAAGCUCAACACUCUCAAGAAGCUCGUCGCUGCACCAAGCUACAAGUUACGCGCCUCCGCCGUAAAGAUCAUAGCCGAGCGAUCCAUCAAAGACGCCACGCGCAAGCUGCUCCUGCGUGAUCUGGCGAGCAAGCACUCCACAAAAAGAGACCAGGCUCUGCAUGCGCUGUGGUUUCUACUGUCUGACCCGAGUCUGAUCGCCAGCCUCGAGAUCAGGCAACACUUUAUGUCCGAUCCCUCCACAUUCGCCGCCAUCGUCGACUGUCUCUCCAACCUUCUCCCCCUCCACUCACAUGGUCCACCAUCGCAAGCACACAACCCCACCAAGUCCUCCCCUCUCCUCCCGCACAACCGACCCCCCUCGGAGACCGUAGCCCUCCGCAUCCUCCGCGAACUUCUUACUGACCAAACCCUCCCAACCGCCCUCUCCGCCGGCCUCAUCAGCAAAUGGCUCAAGCACUACCCCUUCCCCCCUGCGCUCUACCCUCGAACGGCGCCCGCCGCCAAGAAGUAA